AACGAGCACACGCCAGUUUCCCAACUUCUCAAGUUUUCUUCCUGGUGUCGAAUUACCAAAGUGAUAAGUUAUGUCGAGGGCAAGCUCAAAGUACAUCGCACUGAAGUCACCUCCUACCUCAUGACAAACCUCCCCUAUAGUGUCAUUUUGCUGACGUGACGUCACACAUCGACACUCCCUUUCCCCCAGUAGAGGGAGAAAGAUGGCGCCCACACACGUACUGAGAUGCUGUCAACGGGGUCUAGCAUGGAUACCUGUGAUUUUUAUCGCCCUGGUCGUCUGCUGGUCGUAUUAUGCUUAUGUGGUGGAGCUUUGUAUAUUCACCAUCCCCAGUAUAGGAGAGCAGAUUGUCUACCUGAUCUUCUUUCACCUCUCUUUCGUCAUGUUUGUAUGGUCUUACUGGAAGACCAUCUUCACCCAACCUGCCAACCCUUCCAAAGAGUUCUGCCUGCCAAAGGCUGAAAAGGAGCGUUAUGAGAAGGAAGAGAGACCAGAGUCUCAGCAAGAGAUCCUAUGGAGAGCUGCCACCAGUCUGCCUCUGUACACCCGUACAGGAGCCGGAGCAAUCCGUUACUGUGACCGCUGUCAAGUCAUCAAGCCAGACAGGUGCCAUCACUGCUCCGCAUGUGACAUGUGUGUCUUGAAGAUGGACCACCAUUGUCCAUGGGUGAACAACUGUGUCGGUUUCUCCAACUACAAGUUUUUCAUCCUCUUCCUGGCCUACUCGCUGGUGUACUGUUUGUUCAUUGCAGCCACCGUACUGCAGUAUUUCAUAAAGUUCUGGACACUUUGCCGGAGGAAAUCGGCAGAGAACUGCCCAAAGAAUGAGCUGCCAGACACUCACGCCAAAUUCCAUGUCUUGUUUCUCUUUUUUGUGGCGGCCAUGUUCUGCAUCAGUAUUUUGUCCCUCUUCAGCUACCACCUGUGGCUUGUAGGAAAGAACAGGUCCACUAUAGAGGCUUUUAGAGCACCUGUAUUUAGGACAGGAUCUGAUAAGAAUGGCUUCUCUCUGGGUUUCCGGAAGAAUAUCGCUCAGGUGUUUGGAGACCAGAAGAAGUACUGGCUGCUGCCACUCUUUACCAGUCAGGGAGACGGUCUCACGUUUCCUGCACGGCUGGUCAACGCUGAUGUAGAGCAAGCCACAGUCACCCUGCACCCUGAGCCUGAUAAAAGUGCUGCUGAAGUUCCAGAGAGCCCCCUCAGUGACUCACAGAACCGCCUCCUGAGCAACGACCAGCAUGCCAACAAUGUCGAAGACCAUCUGGCUAACAACACCCUCAAAUCAGCUGAAAGUGGAACCAUCACAAUCUCCAUGGAGAGCGAGUCUUAACCAGGAGAAACUCCUGACGUCUAAUACGAUGCCUUAAGAAACGCAACAGUUUAGUGUGUCCCCAUGGCAACAGUCAGACCCUUCAGAGUAACUAUGGAAAUGCAUUUCCCAUCCGUGGUGUUGGCAUUUUUUCGCAUGCAGUAUCAUUAGCAAACCUCACACCUACCUACCCCCACAGGACAUGUGAUAAAGGCUGGUUCCCCCUCACACACACACACACACACACACACACACACACACACACACACACACACACACACACACACACACACACACACACACACGCUAACACUUAAUUAUAAACAUAUUUUCUUGUGUUACCUUUUUUUCACAAAGCUGGAGCGUUUAUUGCUGAUUAGAAUAUUGAAGAAUCCUGGAGGAAUAUGAUCUCUUUUUGGUGUUUAAUGUGCCAAAAGCAUAAUUUUCUCGGCACACAGCUGCAGUGAAGAGUGGGGGACAAGCUGGAGCAUUUUUGUUUGUUUGUUUUGAAUAUUAUUCUCAUAUUUUCAAAAAGAAAGGCAGAACAUCCUGAGAAAACGGCUUGGUCUACUACCUGCGUGACUUUUUUGGUCUUUUGUUUUUAACUCAUAAUGUUGGAGCAUAUCCCCGGUCGGCAACGUUUUUUGAGAUGGAUGUUCCCCGUCAGAACGUGGACUCUACAGAGGACUCUACCGCAGGGAAGACUGUAGCUGGGUUCGGGACGUUUUUGGAUAUCAGAGCACAAGAUGGCACAUUUGCACUUUGUCGAUUAUCAAUGUCCAUCAAACAACGUGCUGCUUCUUCUUCUUUUCUUUUUUUUAAAAUCAUGUCCAAAUGUAUUGCAGAUGUAACAGAUGUUGGAUGAGCAUGUGAUUUAGGGCGUUUUUCUUUGUGGGCGUGAAUGUGUUAACAGUUGAAGUGGCUGUGUUAUUUUAUGUUCUUCAGAACUAACAAACAAAUCAGCUUUAUGUUUAUGUUCUCUUGUGUUCAGAGAUGCUGCUUAAACAUGGAGACAUUUACCUGAGAGAUGUAUUUCACACAGUGCAAUGUGCAGCAUCCGACACUACCUGUUAUCUCGGUGUCAGUUACGUCUGUGAUUCUGUGCCCACAGUGUCCGCAUCCUGUUUUUUCUACAGCUCAGCGCUUCAACCUUUAUUAAGACAACACUCAUUGCCAAAUAAGGGCUCAGAACCUGAAGUGUUUACAACAUCGUAGCUUUAUCUUCACAGGCCAGUGUCAUCAUAACCAAAUUCUAGUCUUUGUGGCACAAUAUUUUAUACAAGUUACACCUGUCCCUCCUGCCUGCUGAUGGCCAUGAUGUCGUUGCAUUAGCAGUGUUUGGCCAGCAGGUGGCGACCUCAUCUGCCCUGAUUUUUCUGACCGUCAUGUGGCUCAGUUCAGUUCACUUUCAGUUUAAUCUUCAAGUUCAUUUCCUUCAGAAUUAAAUAAUUUUUUAAAUAUUGACACAUAGUCUACAAUAUUUUCUUCUGAAUCCCUCAUGUUUAAUUUAAAAUGAAAGUGAAUUGAAGCCAUCUGAUCUGCUGUGAAAUUAGAGGUGUAGAGUAGCUUCUGUUAACUGUGUCUGCUCUGUAUGCAUCUGGGAGUCUGCUCAGUGUUGUGAUCUUGUCCUGUGUACGGAGCUUGUGGUAGACCUAACGGAAAAAGAAAAAAAAACAGUGUUGUCAGAGUUGAACAUCUGGGAUGUGACUGUGAGGCAGCAGGUCUGAUAAACCCAGUAACAGGAGCAUUUUUUUAGAAUUGCAGUGAAGUGAUUUCAGUACUAAUGUAAUCACGGUAUGUGAAUGGAGUAUUUUUUUUUGUCUGUAUAACCAAAUAACAUUUAUUCAGGAAUGCUUUUCCAAGGAAUUUUGUUAUUUAUAUGCAACUUUCCAGACCAUUGGAGGCAGCAAAUUCCUGAUGUCUGUAUCUGGUCACAUCCCUGACUGUUGCCUGAUUGAGCCUCCUACUAACUAUACUCCACCAGCCUCUGGUGUGGUACCAGUGGAAGUACCAGUUUACAGCUGUGUCUCUCUUGUAGAGUGGGUUUGUGGUGUUGUACGAUGUUUUUAUUGGUAAUGACUCUUGUGCUGGUUGUACCUCAGAUAAAACAGUGAGGGUAUCUGAUCAUGACAGAGAUUUAAAAAAAAAAAAUAGCUGACUCUUCAGACUUUCUGUUUACGUUUCAUCCUCCCAAUCACGUUUGACCUUUUUGAGCCUAAGUGUUUUUCUAAUUACUCUUAACCAAGCAGUGAUUGGAGGAUGUUUAUUGUAUGGAUAACGCUAUUCGUGGGCCAAGAAUCCCAAUCACAUGAAUUCUAAUUAACAGAUAUAUAACAGUCUGAGAACAUAAUCCAAGCCAAGAUUGUGUUCCUAUCAUGUGAAUAUCUUCUCUUAAACUCACUCUUAAGCAUUUUUGUAAAUGAAAAAGACAAAUAUAUACUUUGUCAUCUGUAAGGAGUUUGGUUCCUUCCUCUUAUGGCCACUGAUUCUGAAACAUUGGACCUGUUGUCUUUGUUUUACAAAUUGCCUAUAUUCUCUCUGGGCUGUUUGGCCUCGAGACUAAAGUGCGCGUGUGUAUUUUGUAAUGCUUAAUCGAGUGUUCUUUUGUAAUAUUGUCGUCUUGGCAGAAAUGCUUCUGUGCAGAGAUUUUUACAUAUCCGUGUACAUAUAUAACGUCUGACUAAUGCUCAAAAGCAUGGCGCCUAACUUCUGUAAGUGUGUUUUACCAUGGUAACUGGGAGGACAGUGUUGCAACAGACAUUGAAAGUUUCUCAAGUAUUGCUAGGUGCAUCAUGUUUUAAAAUCAGCUUUACUCUGGUCUGUCUCAACUUUCUAAAUGAAGCCAUAAAAACUCCUGUGAAAAACCGAGGAAGGAGUUUCAGCCUAAUUUCAGUUAAUUUUCUUUAGACUGAGAAAAAAAAAACGUUUUCCGUCUGUAUUCACACACUGCAGACGUAGCCUAUCACGACUUGCUUAUACCUUUUGGUUCCUUUUUGUUACAAUGUCCUAUUUUACAAUGUGUGUAUAUAUAUUGAUAAUGUAAGAAGAAGACACUACAUAUAUUUUUCUUGUCUGAUUAAUUUUACUGUUCCUAUUUUGUGAAUGAAGUACAUGCCUCCACAGAAUUAACAUGAAUAACAAUAAAUGUUUUUUUAAACUCCAAAAAAAA